AUGACGACUUUUAGGAAAGCUUUGUUUGCCGCCCUCGUCAAGAGUUUGCUGCGUGGCAAGUCUCUGAUCCAGGCCAUCAUCGCCUACUGUAUGCAUCCCUCGGGUCCUAAGCACCAUGCCGCUUCCCAAAAGAGCCUCGACGACUUCCUCAAGGACGCCGAAACUGCUCUGCUCGGUCCUGUUAGCGGCGAUGGUCUGGCCAAGCUAUCACUCAACCUACGCAAGCAGUUCUUUGACGGCUUUCAAACAGAAUUGGAAUGCAUGCUGCCUUCCUACAGCCACCAGUUACCUACUGGCUUCGAACAUGGCCAAUAUCUUGCCCUCGAUGUCGGUGGCUCUACCCUCCGAGUCGCUCUGGUAAAGCUACCAGGUCGCUCUGCAGAUACCAACAACGAAGGUGACAUUGUCAGCAUGCAAACCUUCAAAAUCACCAGAGACAUCAAGAAUCUCGAGGGUAUGGCCUUUUUCAACUGGAUGGCUGCCAGAAUUAAGGAAACUCUAUCAUCAAGUCUGAAGCAGAACAGUACCUCGACAACACCCAUCCCUGUGGCUCUCGCUUGGAGUUUCCCCAUCGAACAAACCUCGCUAGGUGGCGGAAAGUUUGGAAGAAUGGGCAAAGGAUUCCUCGCCGACGUUGGUCUUCUGGGACAAGAUUUAGGUGACAUAAUCAAAAAGGCAAGCGAGAACGAGGGGCUCAACGUCGAGCUCCAGGCGAUCGUCAACGACUCGAGCGCAUGCUUACUCUCGCGCGCCUACUCGCACCCGUCAACUCGAUUCGGUCUCAUCCUCGGCACGGGCGUCAACAUUGCUGCCUACAUGCCCGUCUCUUCCAUGGGCCGUGCCAAGUUUGGCGUCCGUCCUUCCGGCUGGUUUCAAGAGGCUAGCCAUGUUAUUGUCAACACCGAACUCGGCAUGUUUGGCACCGGCAUCCUUCCCUUAACCCGAUGGGACAAGCUUCUUCUCAAGGACCAUCCUAGACCCGAGUUUCAGCCUCUCGAAUACUUGGUCAGCGGCAUGUAUCUUGGCGAGAUUGUCCGCAUAGCCAUUGUUGAGGCCGUUGCGUCAGCGGGUCUUUUCGGAGGCAUUCUUCCCGAGUCACUCACCACAAACUACACACUGGGGACCGACACUGUUUCCAUAGUUGCGAGUGAUUCGACUUCAGAACUCACCGAAGCCAUUCGAAUCUUUUCUGAACGUCACCCCUCCAUCCAUGUUCCCACCACCACUGACAUGGCUGCCAUAAAGUCACUCGCCUCAUUCGUUGCUGUGCGUUCCAGCGCGCUAGUUGCCACGUGUCUUUACACUCUCUGGGAUGCCCGUCUCGAGGCUGAGAGAGAUUUUGCUCAGACGCUGCCCAAGGAUUCACCUUUGCGCAAGCGAGUCGAGGACGAUAUCGAGCUGGAGAAGACGACCGUCUCCUUCAACGGCAGCGUCAUUGAAAACUUUCCCGGCUAUCUCGAGAGCUGCCAGCGCCAUGUCAAUGAGCUGCUGCAGAGCAAGGGAUACGCCAAACCCCGUAGCAUCGAGCUUGUUCUUGCCAAGGAGAGCUCGCUCAUUGGAGCCGCCGUUACCCUCGCAUGCAUCAACCCGGAGGCAUAA